AUGUCGCUCCAAGAACGGUUCCCCGCAUAUGGCGGGCGAGGUCCGUCGGACUUUCGUCUUGGGAUCUCUUUGGGCGUCAUUGCGACCACCUUCAUGGUCCUCCGCAUCUAUGUGCGGCUACGCAUCAACAAGUUCGGCACGACUGCCUUGUUAUUGUCACUCCUUGCUUGGUUCUUCACAAUGCUUACACAGGUCUUUGGUCUGCUUUCUGUUCUCCAUGGUCUGGGAAACCACAUGGCUCUCAUUAUGAAAGUUGGCCAGUUGCACAACUUUCUCCUUUUCACCUGGAUUACGGUCUUUUUCUUCAAUCUCGCCAUUCCGACCGGUAAAGUCGCAGUGGCAGCUUUUUUGAUUGAAAUGAACGGACAAGGCAACCCUAAGAUUCGCAAAAGUCUCGUCGCCGUUGCCGUCCUGAAUAUCGUCCUCAAUAUCCCACAGAUCCUCCUUGUUUGGUUCCAAUGCCGCCCCGUGGAUGCUCUCUGGGAUCCCCUGCGUCAAUCCGACUGUGAUCACCGAAAGAGCGUUUAUUAUACAUACUUCGUGGGCGCUGUUGCGGCUAUCUCCGACUUUUAUCUCGCUACCGUUCCGAUUCAAAUGCUUUUGCCUCUGCGCAUUGAUCGCAAGCUAAAAUGGGGUCUAGGUUUCUUGAUGGGCUGUGGUGUAUUCGCCGGGGUGGCCGCUAUCGUUCGCACCUGGGCUGCCAAGUUUAUUCUCACUGAGGAUUCUUCUUACGGUGUCGGUACCCUCUUCCUCUGGGGAGAAGUCGAAGAAUGGAUCGUGCUCAUCACAAUGUCCAUUCCACCCGUGUGGCCUCUCUUCCGCCCCUUCACAUCCAAAUUCAUCAAAUCAAACCAUACUCGAAGCCAGCGACGCUACAACGACCAGUACGGCUACAAGUACAACUCUAAAGGACCCUACAGUACUACCGCCGUGGGCGAUCAAUCACCGGGCUUCCCACCUGCGAAUUUCCCCCCUCCUCUCGUCACUACGACCAUUUCCAUAUCCUCUGCAAAGGAAACGGCGACUAUCGCUGCUUCGGAAGACGAAACCCGUCUAUCGAAUGAACACACGCCACGUAACCUGGUUCACGAUAAGGCCGUGCAGCCCUGGGUAGAAAUGGACGAAAUCAGAGGAAGACGAUCGCCAUAA